AUGCGCGUUACUGUCACGCAUCCUCUCUUGCUUCCGUCCCGAUGGAUUAUCAGGCAAGCAUUGUCAGGUCUAUAUGAAGAUUCCCUAACACUAGUCCAGAACCGUGUCGGAUCCAAGUUUGGUGGUGGAGGAGUUGCUGGGGCGAGUGAAAGCAAUGUGGAUCGACGGGAGCGACUCCGAAAGCUGGCGCUUGAGACGAUAGACCUGGCAAAGGACCCCUACAUCCUUCGCAACCACCUUGGCUCGCUUGAAUGUCGACUGUGUCUGACUCUCCACACCAACGAAGGGUCCUAUCUUGCCCACACUCAAGGGAAAAAGCAUCAGACGAACCUUGCCCGUCGCGCUGCCCGCGAUGCCAAAGACACUCAGCUCAUGGUUGCCCCCACUCAAAGCACCGUUCAACGCAAAAUAUUUCUAAAAAUUGGACGACCAGGAUACCGGGUGACCAAAAUACGCGACAGAGACUCCGGAAAAGAAGGAAUGAUGGUCCAAGUUCAUCUCCCGCAAGUCAAGCCGGGAGUGCUACCACGACGCAGAUUUAUGAGCGCUUGGGAGCAGAAACGCGAACCGCCAAAUAAGGCCUACCAGUAUCUCAUUGUUGCUGCUGAACCCUACGAAACAAUUGCUUUCCGAAUUCCAGCUCGUGAAAUCGAGGAUGAGAGUGACGACGCUGGUUACUGGAACUGGUCUCAUUGGGACGCCGACACGAAGCAGUAUAGCUUCCAAUUCAUGUAUCGUCUCAACGUAUGA